AUGGCAACAGCAAACAUUAGAGUACAAUGUUCUAUCUGUAAUAAAGGAAAUACAACAUAUAUUUGUCGUGGUUGUUCAAAAGAUUUUUGUUUCCAACAUUUAACAGAACAUCGCCAGAUUCUUCAAAGACAAUUAGAUGAAAUUAUUAAUGAUCAUGAUCAAUUUCAACACACAAUUAUUCAACAAAAACAAAAUCCACUAAAUUCUUCUUUAAUUCAACAAAUUAAUCAAUGGGAAAAAAAUUCAAUGCAUCAAAUUCAACAAACGGCACAACAAUGUCGAGAAACAGUGAUGAAACUAACACAAAAAUCGAUUAAUGAUGUGGAAAAAAAGUUUAUUGAAUUAUCUAAGAAAUUAAAAGAAAUUCGUGAAGAAAAUGAAUUUAAUGAAAUUGAUUUAAAUCAUUUUCAAUUAAAGUUAACACAAAUUUCAGAAGAAUUUCUUCAACCAUCAGAUAUUUCUAUUCGACAAGAUUCACAAGAAUUUAUCAAGAAAAUUUCAGUUGUUUCAUCAUUCGAUUCUUAUCAAUCAAAUUAUUCUACAAUUAGUACAGCAACCAUGUCAAAGAAUCAAAUAACAACAAAUCAAAUAUCAACUCAAUCUCAAAUAAAACUAAAAGAAAUUCAAACAAAAAAGAAGGAAUAUCAACAGCUUGCAAUUACUGUUGUUGGAGGAAAUAAACAAGGACAGGGAUUAAAUCAGCUGUAUAAUCCUGAAGGUAUCUUUAUUGAUAAUGAUAAAUCCAUUUAUAUUGCUGAUUCUAAUAAUCAUCGUAUUGUUAAGUGGAAAUUGAAUUCAAAUACUGGUCAAGUCAUUGCAGGUGGAAAUGGACAAGGAAAUCAAAAUAAUCAAUUAAAUGGGCCAAGAGAUAUAAUUUUUGAUAAAAAAAAUAAUUCUUUUAUUAUUUCAGAUCAUGAAAACCAACGAGUAAUUCGAUAUUUUGAUAAUAAUCAAACAGAUCAACAAAUUAUUAUUUCAAAUAUUUAUUGUUAUGGUCUGGCAAUCGAUAAAAAUGGAUUUAUUUAUGUUUGUGAUUAUAAGAAUCAUGAAGUAAGACGAUGGAAACAAGGCGACAAAAAUGGAGAAUUAGUUGCAGGUGGAAAUGGUAAAGGAAAUCAUCUUAAUCAACUCGAUCAUCCUACUUAUAUCUUUAUUGAUGAAGAUUAUUCUCUUUAUAUAUCAGAUAAUUCGAACAAUCGUGUAAUGAAAUGGAAAAAAGGUGCAAAAGAAGGAAUCAUUGUUGCUGGCGGAAAUGGUCAAGGAGGUGGUCUCGAACAAUUGUAUUUUCCUCUGGGAGUGAUUGUUGAUCAUUUGGGUCAAAUCUAUGUGGCAGAUUGUGGGAAUCAUCGAGUAAUUCGUUGGUGUGAAGGAGAUGCAGAAGGUGAAAUUGUGGUUGGUGGAAAUAGAAAAGGAAGCCAAUCAGAUCAAUUGAAUUUUCCUAGAGGUACUGAAUAUACUGUUCCUGGUCUUGUUGAUGGCAAAGAAUAUGAAUUUCGUGUUGCUGCCGUUAAUAGAGCUGGUCCAGGAGAAUAUGCUAAAACCGAAGGACCAAUUCAAGCUCGUCCACCUGAUGUUGCUCCACAUGCUGUUGGUUUCAGUGCAUUUAGUCCAAAAGAAAUCAUUGUUCGUGCUGGUGAAGAUCUUAAAAUUACUGUACCAUUUGUUGGUUCACCUGCACUACAAGUUACAUUUGCUAAAAAUGGCGAUGAAAUUAAACCUGAUGGAAAUAAUCAAGUAACUGUUAAAGAUGGUAUUGCUGAACUUAUUGUACCAAAAGUAAAAGCUGGUGACACUGGUUUAUAUUCAUGUACUUUGAAAAAUCAUCUUGGACAAGAAACUGUUCAAAUGAAAGUUAUUGUUGUUGAUAAAUUAGAUACACCCGAAGGACCAUUAAAUAUUUCUGAUGUAAAACCUGAUUCAUGUUUAUUGACAUGGGAACCACCCAAGACUGAUGGUGGUUCACCAAUAACUAAUUACAUCAUUGAAAAAUUUGAUACGAAAAAAGGCGAAUGGCAAAAAGUAUCAAGUUUUUGUCGUUCACCAUUUUAUGAAGUUACUGGACAUAAUGAAGGUUCAGAAUAUAAAUUUCGUGUUUCGGCUGAAAAUCUUUACGGACAAAGUGUACCAUUGGAAUGUGAAAAACCAAUUAUCGCAAAAAAUCCUUUUGAUGCACCACAAGGUCCAGCUAAUGUUGAAGUUGGUAAACAAACAGAAAAUUCAGUUACAUUAAAAUGGGAUAAACCUAAAAAUGAUGGUGGUUCAAAAGUAACUGCUUAUCAAGUUGAAAUACGUAAACCAGAUAGUGAUAUAUGGGAAAUUGCAAGUGAUUAUCCAAUUAAAGGAAAUGAUUUUACAGUUGAUAAUCUUUCAACAGGAAAACCAUACGAAUUUCGUGUUAAAGCUAAAAAUGCUGCUGGUUGGGGAGAAUAUACUAAACUUGAUCGACCAGUUACACUUAAACCUGAUAGUGUUGCACCUUCAUCACCUGGUAUACCAGAAGUGAAAAAAGUUGGUAAAAACUAUGUUGAAUUAGCAUGGGCCACACCAACGAAUGAUGGUGGUUCAAAAAUAACUGGCUAUAUUGUUGAAAAACGACCAGCUGGUACUGAUCAAUGGGUUAAAGCAUCACCAUAUAUGUCAAUUGAUAAUAAUGCUACAAUAACUGAUUUACCCGAAAAUGGUGAAGUUGAAUUUCGUGUUAAAGCAGUUAAUAAAGCUGGUGAAAGUGAACCAAGUUCAACAACUGGUCGAGUUAAAAUAACUGAAUAUCCAAAUGGACGAGCACCAACAUUUGUUAAAAAAUUAACAGAUACAAGUGCACCUCUUAAUGGUGAAGCAACAUUUACAAUUGAAUUUGAUGCUAAUCCAGCACCUGAAGUUAAAUGGUUUCGUAAUGGUUUAGAAUUAUCAUCAUCUGGUCGUUAUCGUAUUGUUACAAGAACAAAUGAAUCGAAAUCGACAUUGAUAUUCAAUGAAGCUUGGGAUAGUGAUAAUAAUUCAAAGAUUUCAUGUGAAAUUGUUAAUCCACUUGGACGUGACACAUGUGAAGCUGUUUUUCAUGUUAAAACACCACCUAAACUUACACGUGAACCAGAAGAACAACGAGUUCCAUUGGGUGAUACAUUAAAAGUUAAAAUUCCUAUUACUGGAAAAGGUCCAUUUAAAUUUCAAGUUAAUAAAGAUGGUCAAUCAUUAGCUAAUGAUGAUCGUGUACGUAUUCAAGAAUUUGAUGAUUUUAUUGUUGUUACAAUACCUGAUACUGAACGAGAAGAUGCUGGUAAAUAUGCAAUUAAUGUUGCUAAUGAUUCAGGAUCAUGUAAUGUUCCUUUGAAAGUUAAAAUCAUUGCACCACCACUUCCUCCAACUGGUCCACUUGAAAUAUCAAAUGUAUCGAAAAAUCGUGCAACACUAUCAUGGAAACCACCAAAAGAUGAUGGUGGUAGUAAAGUAACUGGUUAUGUUGUUGAACGACGUGAUACAUCAAAAGGAGCCGAUGCUUGGAUAGCAGGUACACAAGCAUGUAAAGAAACAACAUUUACUGUUCCAUCAUUACUUGCUGAACAUGAAUAUGAUUUUCGUGUUAUGGCUAUUAAUGAAAAUGGCACUAGUGAACCAUUACGUUCAACAGCACCAACUACUGCUAAACUUCCAUUCAAACUACCUGGUUUACCUGGACAACCAAAUAUCACUGGAAUGACAAAUAAUACUGUCACACUUAAUUGGGAGAAACCAACUUCUCAUGGUGGUGGUCCUAUAACUGAUGCUGAAGGUAAUGAAGGUCAAACAAUUACAUUAGAAUGUGAAGUUACUGGAACACCUAAACCUGAUGUUGAAUGGUUCAAAGAUACAAAAGAAAUUUCUCGAGGUGCUAAAUAUACUAUAACACGUGAUGGUGAUAAAUGUAUUUUGGUUAUUAAUAAUGCCACACCAGAUGAUGUUGAUGAAUACAGUAUUAAAGCACGUAAUAAAGGUGGUUCAAGAAUGUGUCGUUGUAAUGUUAAUGUUCGAUAUGGAAAUGAUAUAACAAAAUAUAAAAAUGUUUCAAUUGAUGUUAGUAAUCAAGCUAUUACAUUAACUAUUCGAAAUAGAGAUAAAAAUACAACUGGUCGUCAACAAGAACGAGCUACACUUAAAUAUGAAAGUAUCUAUGAUUAUUAUGAUAUUGUUGAAGAAAUUGGACAAUAA